UCGAUCAUCCCGUUAUCGCUGCACGAUUCGGAUCAACGACGCUAGCUGCGGUAGUGCAUUCUGCCAUCUGUCUCGGGUUCUGGAAAAGCCUACGACAUGUUUAUAUGCGCUUGACGCGCUCUCAACGUCUGUUACACAUGAUUUCCUUACAGAUUAUAUGGACGGCUGGUCGAUCGCAAGUCAUGAUUUCGCCGAAGGCAAUGACCUGCCGCCCGCACCGCCUGCUUACUAUCCCAGUCUCCAUGCCCCGCCAUCUUUUUACCCAUAUCUCGGAGCGCCCGCGCAUGCACCCGCCGAGCUAUCCCAUUCAGAGUCGGAUGACGAGGACGAUCACGAGCCGCCACACGAACGCAAACGCGAGCAUGAAAACCACGACCAAAACGAUCCUGACGAUGAAGUGACAUUGCACGACUCUGACGUUCAUCUGGACAUUUUUCUCCGCCUAGCCUUGAGUGCUUCGUGCCAGUCGCCACUGUCGAUU